AUGACGUUCAAGGUCCUGAAAGCGGCUGGAAGAGCUCGACACGGUGUUUUGACAUUACCUCAUAGUGUUGUCGAAACCCCUGUGUUUAUGCCUGUUGGAACUCAAGGUACAAUGAAGGGUAUCUUGCCUGAGCAGCUGAUGGAAAUGGAUUGUCGCAUUUUACUAUGUAACACUUACCAUCUUGGGCAUCGACCAGGUUAUGAAAGAGUAAGAAAGGCUGGAGGAGUUCACAAGAUGAUCAAUUGGCCUCGAUCAAUUCUUACAGAUUCUGGAGGAUUUCAGAUGGUGUCGCUGAGUAAACUCAUGUCUGUUGACGAACAUGGCGUAAAUUUCGAAAGCCCUCAUACUGGCGAGUUAAUGACCCUGACUCCAGAGAUAAGCAUCGAAAUACAACAGGCUCUAGGCGCCGAUAUAAUGAUGCAAUUGGACCAUGUCGUCCAUGUGCUCACAACCGGAAGCACUGUUGAGGAAGCUAUGCAAAGAAGCAUAAGGUGGCUUGACCGUUGUGAGAAGGCGCACACGCGGUCGGAUCAAGCGCUAUUUCCAAUUGUACAGGGCGGUCUGGACAUUGCUUUACGUGAGAAAUGUGUUGCUGAGAUGAUAAAACGAGCCAAGGUCGGUAUUGCAAUCGGUGGUCUAUCGGGUGGAGAAGAAAAGUCGCAGUUUUGGAAAAUUGUGGCCGCUUGUUGCGAAUCUCUACCUCCACAUUUACCCCGUUAUGUUAUGGGAGUCGGCUUUCCAGUAGAUUUAGUGAUUUGCUCGCUUUUGGGUGCAGAUAUGUUCGACUGCGUGUACCCUACCAGAACAGCCAGAUUCGGCACAGCACUUGUGCGACGUGGGGGACUGCUACACCUCAAUCAGAGGACGUUCGCUGAUGAUUUCACACCAAUUGAGACUGAUUGUGAUUGUUACACUUGUAAAAUGUACACACGUGCUUAUAUCCACAUGGUUAUAAAUAAGGAAACAGUGGGAUGCCAUCUUCUGUCCGUACACAAUAUCAGGCAUCAGUUGCGCUUAAUGGAAGAUAUACGAGAGGCAAUCGAAUCCGACAAGGUACAACUGUUUCUGAAGAAGUUCCUAAGCGAUAGCUUCCUCGAAGAGCCUGUUCCUCAGUGGGUUCGUGACGCAGUAGAUUUCAUGGGAUACAAAAUGUCCUAUGAAAAGCAAGCUUAA